AUUAGAAACUUCUCUUUUAUCAAAGAGUUUGAAGUUUGCUCUUCUGAUGUAACGGAAGUUGACAGGCGACGCGAAGUCACGUCGUGGUAUUUCAUCUCCUCCGAUCUCCGGCGAUGGCGACCGACAACGAACCGGCGAAGCUACUCUUGCCUUAUCUCCAACGGGCCGACGAGUUGCAGAAACACGAGCCUCUCGUCGCUUACUACUGUCGAUUGUACGCUAUGGAACUAGGGUUGAAGAUUCCUCAAAGCGAUCGGACUAAGACCACCAACGCCCUCCUUGUUUCCCUUAUGAAACAGCUUGAAAAGGAUAAGAGCUCAUUGAAGUUGGCGCCUGAUGAUCAUCUACAUUUGGAGGGAUUUGCCUCAAAUGUGUUUGCUAAGGCAGAUAAACAAGAUAGAGCAGGACGAGCAGAUCUAAAUACUGCCAAAACUUUCUAUGCUGCAAGCAUUUUCUUUGAAAUCCUUAAUCAGUUUGGCGAGCUUCAGCCUGAUCUCGAGCAGAAACAGAAGUACGCAGUAUGGAAAGCAGCGGAUAUAAGAAAAGCUUUGAAAGAAGGGAGGGAGCCCCACCCUGGUCCUCCUGAUGGUGGCGAUCAUCUGGGGAUCCCAUCAAAUACAUCAAGUGUUGAAUAUGAUCUCGGAACAAGCAGAGGUGAUGAUCCUGCCGGGCCUGACUUGACCAGAGUAAAUUCUGCUACAAAAACUUCACCAGAUUUAGAUUCAUCUCCUCAAGGGUAUGAUAAACCUGAUUUUCACCAUCCUGCCCAUACCCCGACAUCCCCAAGUUUUACGCCAACCACACCCUCACCUUCUUUGGGGAUUUCUCCAUCGCCUAACUACCCCACAGACAAUUACCCAUCUGAAAAUGUUCAUCAACAACCCACACCCUCACCUUCUCCAGCAAUUUCUCCAAUGAACAACUCAGAGCAUUCUUUUUAUCAUCAACCGUAUAGCCUCUCGCCAUACCAACCAGAACUUCAGCAACACUUACCCCAACAAUACCCUUUACAGGAUGCAUCACCAUUGUCGUACCCCAACUUCCAGUCUUAUCCUAGUUUCUCGGACAGUAGCCUUCCGGCAGCCCCAACUCAUUACCCUUCUUAUUAUCAAGGCUCUGAAGCUUCCUACCCGGCAGCCCAUACUUCAGCAUUUCCUCCUGCUCAACACAAUUCUAGCGGUAGAAAUGAAAGCCUUCAUGAAGCCGUUCAACCUCCCACGCAAGAAUAUGAACAGAAGAGCAAUUACCAGCCUCCGCCUGAGAAAAUAGCGGAAGCGCACAAAGCUGCGAGGUUUGCUGUUGGGGCUCUGGCAUUUGAUGAUGUUUCUAUUGCAGUUGAUUACCUUAAGAAAUCUCUCGACUUACUGACAAAACCAUCAGCUGGACACUGAAUUCAAUUACAGUACCACUAUUGCCUAAUACGUUGCAUUGUUUGAUCAUAUGUAAUGUUUAAAGUGGUCGUGCUUGCUUCCCAUGUUCAUAAACAUAUUCCCAUGUUCAUAAACAUAUUUGGAAAUUGUGGAGUUGUGUGAAAAUUGGUUCUUUCUUGA